GGCGCGUUAGCUUUCAAAGGCCACUCAUCGGCCUGCGCGGACCAUGUCAGCUCUCGAGGGUUUCAAGAAGGUUGUCAAGGACUCGAUAGCUAGCAACAAGCUCUCAUCAUCCAGAGUCGAGGCGGUCAAGGUGGCAGCAGCGAAGUGCUUUGAUCGAGCGCAACCGGCCAAGUCAGAAUUUCUGCGGCUACAUCUCUCAGCUCCUGCAGGCUCAAAGGUCGUCUCUCUGUAUCUCUUCGACGCCAUCGCGCGCCAUGCGAGGGAGGUAGUCAAGAAGAACGGUGCCGGGCUGGACCCACUGAAGGCGCUGCCCAGUACGCAGGGAGCAUCCGACCCCAAUGGUACCUUCGUCCGAGCUGCUAAGGAUUUUCUGGGCGAGAUGGCUACAAUAGUGGAAGAGGUGGCAGUGAGCACGGCUGGAAGUGUCAAGGUGGAGCAAAGAGAAAAGGUGGACAAGGUGAUCGAUAUCUGGAGGAAAGCUGGGACGUUCGAGGCCGAUCUUCUGGACAGAGCAGCCCUGGCCGCAAAGAGAGUAGCAUCGUCGUCAAGGAUACCCUCAAAUGGUCACUCAGCUAAUGGUACAUCACAAGGUCGAUCCACUACCCCUACAGGCUCACCACCUCCUGCUCUCAAGCGAGCUCGUAUUGAUCGGACAGAUGGAGAAGCGAGUGGAUCAGCUACUCCACCCGUACCCGCCGGCUUGCCUUCCAGCUUGGCUGCCCUCCUUGGAGCUCAGGCUGGGGCAAGUCAAGGACAUGGCGCGUCCCCUCUUGCAGGGGCAAGCUCGGGCGAUACCCAGAGUUUCAUGAACUCUCUAAGCAGUCUGAUGGGGCCUGCAGGAGCUUCGACUUCGCAACAAGCCGAUGCCUCGCUCUCCUUUGGCUCAGCUCCCGCCUUUGACCUGAGCCAGCUGACAGCUCUCCAGCAGCUAGCCUCGUCGUCCUCCACCACCACCACCACCUCAGGCUCCACUCUACCGAGCACCUCAUCGGCUGUCCCUCUGCCCCCACCAGGCCCCCCACCUCCACGUCCACCGCAGGUGGCUCCUUCCACCUCAUCCUCCUCCCUCCCCGCGAAUUCAGCUCCAGCUUCAGCUCCAGCUUCGACUUGGCCUCCAAAUCCUGACCCAAGCAUGGGAGACCUUAGCAGCUUCGACGUCCUCUCCUUUGACCCGACACAGCCCCAAAAUUGGAUCCCGGUGGCUCAAAAGUGGUGCAAUUCUUUUGGGUACAUGCCUGCACUUUGGGAAGUGGGGAUGAACUAUCUAAUGGUGUAUCGGGCUGCACUCAUGCAGGGUCGCUAUGGAGCAGGAGACGGGACUGACGGCACUGGCGGGGGCGGGGGCGGGGGAUGGGGUGACGGCAGUGGCCAGUAGGACAACAGAUUUCAGCAUGC